AUGGUUGGCAGGUCAAGAGGCUUGGAUGGCAUUGAUGGCCUCUUGGGCAAUGUCACCGACCUACUCCCGGAUGAGACCUCCUCAGCCAAGCAGUUGAAAGAAGAGGGUGCGCAAGACGAUGAUGAUGAGGAGGAGGAGGAGGAGGCUGAUCCCAAGAAGCGCAAGCGCAAAGCAGGUUGGUUUGACCGCGAUAGAGAGGUUGUCAAGGCGCAUCGAGCCUUGAACAAGGACCUUGAAAGGUUGUCUGCUCAAGCAAAGAAGGUCCUCACUGAUUGGGACAACAUCCAGAAGGACAUGAGUGGCCUCUCGCCAGAGAACCUGGAGCAGCUGCAGGGUGAGAGAAGGAUUGGCGAAACAAGACUCAGCUGCCUGAAGCAUGUUCUGGAGAGUGACGAGUGUGCCUUGUCGGCGCAUUUGGCCACUUAUGGGCGUGACUUGCCAGCAAUGGGGUCUUCUUGCUCCACAGCGGAUGGAGCCCGGCAGCUUGGGCUUGCUCCUCCGUGCCAGUCCUAUGCAAAGUUGCAUAGCUUCGAGCAUUGGAAGGAACAGGUAGCUGCAGUGCAGGGUGUGAGCGAUGAGGAAGCUCUCAACAAUGCUCAGGAUGAAUGUGUGGACAUCAAAGACACCAUCGCAGAAUUGAUUUCUGCUUGUAGAAGCGCAGUCAGCGAUGCCAACCGCGGGAUGAAGGCAAUCAAGACAGCGAUUGCUCAACGUGAGGCAAAGAAAGCUGCGCAGAACAAGGGUGUGCAGAACACAGGCAAGCUUUCCACAGUAAUGAUGUCAUGUCUGCGACUCCCUUGUUUCAGGGAAGGUGAACCCUUGGAUGCUGUCAACGCCGACCUGCCGCUCAUGAUUCAACUCUCCGUUGAAGAUGAGGAGGGAGUUCUCAAGUCCCCAGCUAUCCAUGCAUUCAUGGUUGCCGAGUUGCAAGAGCAGUUCAACAAUCAGAACCCUGCCCAGCGCCUUGACCGUGCCCACAAGAAGUUCGUGGACCAAUCCGAAGCCAAGAAGAUUGUUGAGUCCAGGGCUUCAGCCAUAUUUAAGCCAUCGAGGCCUGAAGGUUCCCUUGACGCUGGCAUGGCUGCCGCUCUGGAUGUAAUGGCCAUCAUUGUGGGGAAGAAUACAGUCAAGUGCACUCCAGAGAAAUCCUACACAGGCUCCGUGCGCUGGGCACUCAGCGGAAAGCGACAGGUCCUCAUGGCAAACGCUGUUUCUUUGAAAGCUUUCUUGGAGAAGACGGCGAAAGACGGUGCCACAUUGCAAAUGGCAAAAGACAAGCUCUUGGCGAUUGAUGAGAAUUUCAUCCAAGACUUUGCAAGUGCCGGUGGGGCUGUGUACUCUGGAAUCAUCAAGAAGGCGGGGCCUCUGUCUGGGCGCCAGGUUGUUCAUUCUUAUCUGCUGCUGUCAGGGCUUUGCGCUCUACCUGCCGCCUGCCUGGCUCAUGGUGGAGCAGAUCACAGGCGCAGAAGGUUGGCUUGGCUUCAAGGUUGGGGUGCCAGCUUCAACUUUGCGUCACAGCCAGGACUUGAAAGUUCUGCUAGACUCAUGGGCAAGGGAUGA